GACGUGGCAGCCCUCGUAUUGGAGGCCGACCCCAACGCCGAGGCGAUGAUCCUGUGGUGUGCCGCCCCGCCUUGCCAGGACUUCUCGCGGAUCGCCAAGGGGGCGGGUCAUCAGGGCGAUCGUGGUCGCCUCUUCGAGGACUCCGUCGCCUUCAUGGAUGAACUUCGCGCCAUCCUCCGCCAGCACCGCUUCGCCUUCCUCUACGAGAACGUGGAGAUGGAGGCGGCGGCGGCCCAGGUCUCGUCCGAUGCUUUGGGCGUCUCGCCUGUCUUUGUCUGCCCUUCCGACUUCGGGUGGGUCUCUCGCCCACGCCUCUGGUGGUUGAGUGUGGACUGGACUCGGGUGGUCACCGACCCCGCCGAUGGCUCGCCCCUGGAGUGGGCGAAGCGAGGUCGUUGGGACCGCCUGCGCCUUUCUGCCGCCAGGGUGGCGGCCGAUUCAUUCGAGCUCGGCGACCUUCAGUUUCAUUCGUCGGUGGCCCAGGGGCGCAAGCUCAUGCCUUGCACCACGACACCAGCUCCGACGGACGACGGGCGGCAGAAGCCGCGCUCCACCAGGGGGCGCACGCCCCGUGACGCCGACGCCCGUUGGGCGGAAGGGGGCCGACAGUUCGCCCCUUGGCACUACACCGUCGAGGCCAUGCUCCAGGACUCGCGGGGCCUGCUCCACCUUCCCCCGCCAGACGUGAAGGAGCAGCUCCACCACAUCCCCGCCGGGUACACGGCCAAGGCGGGCGCCGACACCAAGACCCGCCACCGCAUGGUCGGGAAUGGCUGGCAUUGGGGCGUGGCCGCCCGCUUGCUGGGGAUUCUCGUGAUGGCGACCUGGGCGAAACCGGUGGCGUCGGGUCGGGUCUGGUCGCGGAAAGGCUGGGACUUCUCACCGCCGCCCCGGCCCACACCAGCCCUCUUGGGCGCAGGGUUGAAUGAGGCGGUCAUCCGAUUUCGUCGGGAGUGGCGCCACGACCUCUCCCGCAUCCGUGCCGAGGUGCUCCAGGAGCUACAGGAGAUGGUCGACGAGGCAGCGGAGGACACGACCGCCUGGCUGGCCACUCUGCCCCCGCACGUGCGGGCGACCUACGAGACGAGUGAUCGGCCUCGCCCUUUUCAGGGGCUCAUCUUCGACCGCCUGCUGCGGGACCUUGGGUACCCGGCCACAGACGACCUCCGCCAGGAUGUGGCCGAAGGCUUCGACAUGUUGGGCCGAGUCCGCGCCGCCCCGGGCUGGAAGCCACGCGCUGAUGGGCGCUAUGCUCACCCCGAAGGGCUGGAGAGGCUGCGCCGGGAGAACCCCCAGUAUGUCGCCAG